UUGACAUCUCAGUAAUGAUAAUUUAAUAUAUUAAUAACCUAAGAAAAGUUAAAUUUUAUUGAACUGUGUAAAUAAAACAACAAAAUUACUGUAAGAAACAAACAUGAAUCAAGCUGAUAUUUCAAAAAUAGUUUCGAAGUUACGAAUAAAAGUACCACCUGAACAUCGCCGACUGAAAGGUCCACAAGGCCCGGAAGGCAGGCUAAAUAAACUGCGAAAAACUGUUACAGGUUUAAUUAAAUAUGAAAGAAUUGAACUGAAUUAUCGCCGAGGUGAUGAAGCACGUCAGUAUGCUGAGAGGUUAAUAUCCGAAGCUAUCAGCCAUGGCGAUUGCCAUAAACCAACAAUGGAAAUAGCAGAUUUCUGGCUGCUUGAGAAGCAACUAGUUCAUAAAUUAUUUAAAGUCUUAGUGCCAAGAUAUGAAAAUUGCAGUACAGCUUUUACUAGAAUGUAUAAAGCACCACAGGCAUACUAUGGAAGAAAUAUUGAUAAGGCUGUUCUAGAAUUAAGAGGAAAUCCAUACCCCUCAUUGACAAACAAGCAGUCAAACAACAGACUAUUGCUACAAAAUGUUCUAUUAGAUGCAGCUAAAUAUGAUUACAGGCAAGCAAAAUAUGCAGAAAUGGCAGACAAAAUGAGUAAAACUGAAGAAUCACAAUCAAAACUAGACAAUAACCUUAAAAGUAAACCUUCUGAAUCAUCAUAAUGCCACAGUACUAAAGUUUGUUGAUAAUUAUGUAAUAGAGUGUAGUGAAUUAAUUUAAAUAAGAAUAAAAAAUUAAUGCUUAAUGGAGUUGA